CCUAUUUGAGAACCCAAUAUCGAUCUCCUACUCAUCCGAAUCAAGAACAAGAUACAUCACGCACCAAAAGGAAUUCCUUUCCAAACCCCACCCCCACAAUGCCAGAAUCCCGCCGCCAAUCCAUCACACCCACAAUAUCAACAUACCACCUCUACAACCGCACAGGCUCCUCGUGUGCCCGUCGUGUCCGUAUUGCCCUCUCCCUUAAGAAGGUCCCCAACCUCCUUUACCACGACGUGGAGAAAUACACACGCACCUCCAUUGGCACAAAACAGUACCUAGCCAUAAACCCCAGCGGCGCUGUUCCUACUCUGAUUCACGAAAUCACCACCCCAGGCCACUCUACUAAACAACGCUUUGUACUUACGCAAUCAACUGCCAUACUAGAGUAUCUGGACGAGAUGUUUCCGGGGCUAUGUCCGUUGAUGCCGUUGGUAGGUAACAGAGAGGAGAGGGCGAGGAUGAGGGAGCUGGUUGCGGUGGUGACGCAGGAUAUGUUUCCUUUUGCAAAUCGGGGGAAUGGGGUGAAAUUGUGUGAGGUUGCGAAGGCGACGGAGGAGGGGCGGUUGGAGUUUAUCAGAGUGAAAUUGAAUGAGGGGUUUGAUGCCUACGAGGCCAUGUUGGUGAAGUGUGGGGGGCGGUAUAGUGUGGGUGAUGAAUUGAGUAUGGCGGAUGUGUGUCUCGUGCCACAGGUGUUGCAGGCGCAGUUGUGGGGGGUAUUCGUGCUCGGAUGUGAUAGAUGGCCGCUGAUUAAAGCUGUGGUGGGCAGGUUGGCGAGGGUUCAGGCUUUUGCUAAGGAAAUGGGUGAUAUUGCUGUGGAUGAGGAGACUGUCGUGAAACCGCUGCCUUGAUAGCUAUACAGACUGCUAAAGCGUCUCUAUCUUCCUCUGAUAUGCAUAAUAACGCCGUUAAACGCCAGUCC